AGGCUGCUGAGUGUUACGCAAGGAGAUGGUGCUCCUUAUGGUAUCACUGACUUCCCUCUAAAGUCUGUUACAACUCAUGCUGAUUUGCUGAAUAUCCAAGUCCCGGCGAGGAACAGAUUGGCCUUCCCUGUGAUCACCCCAUCAGACUCAAGGAGGUUGUGCAGAAUUAGCUCCACGGAAGCAGUAUUGCUGAGUUCUACUUAAGAAUAUGGCAGAAUACUAUAAUUCUAGAGGAAUAAAUGGAGAACAUCCCUCAGUCAAUAUACCAGUGCCUUCAUCUCCAAAAAGGACCCAUCGGGUCUCAUCCCGUCUCAUCUGCUGUCUCAUAACCCUUUGUGUCAGUCUUCUCAUCAUAUGUGUCAUAUUUAUUACACUUAGGGUAAUAGGAUCCCUGGAUGCGUCCAAUCCAGAUCAAACUAAUAUUCACACGGACCCAUCCACAGGAGGCUUGCAGGGAAUUUUCAGGAUGUUGGACAGACUGGUGUACUUGACCCAAAAACUGCACAUCAAUAGCACUGGAUUGAUGGAAAAGCAGACGGAAGUUGAUGGGAACAGCACAUUGGAGAGUGGCUUACGGAAAGUUCUGGGUACAUUGGACAAACUGGUGAAGCUAAUGAAGAAAAUUCAUGCCAAUGAUGGCAAGAAAAUUGCAUGUGAUCCAAACUGGGUUUAUUUUGACCUCAGUUGUUACUACGUCUCCAGUGAAGCACUCGAUUGGGAGGAAUCCCAGAAACAGUGUCAGGCAAUGAGUUCCCACUUGGUGGUGAUCAACAGUAAAGCAGAGCAGAAUUAUGUGUUUGGUAUAACAAAGGAGAAGGUCACCUGGCUGGGUCUGACUGAUUCCGAUGGGACCUGGAAAUGGGUGGAUGGAACGCCCUAUGAGUCUGCCCCAACGUUCUGGGAUGAGUUGCAGCCGGAUAAUAACACAGUUAAGGGACAGCCGGGUACAGAGGACUGUGCCAACAUGCGCCCCAGUGGAUUGUGGAAUGAUGAUCACUGCCAGCACCAGUACCAGUACAUAUGUGAGAGAUCGAUAUGAUGGGCACAAUAUUGUCCAAGUACAAUUUCCUCCUUUCAAUAAUGACUGAUAAACUCUCCCCAAAUUCUGGCCCCAGUGCAAUCCUAUAAUCCCACUGCUCCAGGGAACCUUUGUGCAAUGAAUUGACUCCAGUUGGGAUUUACUUGCAGAAUCUGUUUUGGGGGGGGGGGAAGUACAUGUGUAUAUGGGCUAAAUAAAUACAUUUUUGCACUAUUCCAAAGUGUCAGUGUACUACUUGGAUUUUGCUAUGAUCAUUGUCAAACUAAACAGUUCUAUGUGGUUCUUCUGUUUUUGCUUAUUGUCUUUAUCGGCCCUCCUGCUUCCUCACGCUAACAAGACUUCUUCAGCCUGCAGCAGGUAAUUCACCUGAUGGCUACAGAACUGGUGGAUGUGCCGGAGGGCCUGAGGAAUGAGGCCUAUGUAAGAAGAAGUCAGAACCAUAUAGUAGGCCUGACACCAUAGUGAAGUCAGGAGAAAGGCACCCUGCAAAUGAGGUUCAGAUUGUGGUGAGUAACUGAGUAUCAGC